AUAACCCAGAUUACAGACUUAUUAACUCGCGCGAUAAAGCCUUAUCAGUCUACAAGUGCUAACUUUGAAAAAUUACGACCGCGGUCAUUGGCAACUGGUCUUAUUUGUGAGCCAACUUACUUCUGGUUCGGCGCUCUGGCGAGCUGCGUAGAUACCUAGUUUUUCCUCCAGUUGAUCCGGCGACUAGGUAACCACAACAAUUCAGUGAUUCAGUGCAAGGCCUCCGAUCGUCCUUUGUCGUUGAAUCUACUAUGUUGGCGGAAACUUGGCUAACGAACCACCACCACCUAAUAUUGUUCACGGCCUUCUUGUGCGACAUUCAUAAAAUCUAGUAUAUAGACUCUUUGCAGUUCCCUAACCCUAAAAUGAGUUCGAGUCGGUAUUUGGUGAUCUCCGUGAGAAGAUUCAGCCGUUUGCUGAUCAUGCCAAGGAUGGGAAGCUUCAGCUCGGCCCCCAAGAUCCUCAACGAUGACAUCUUAGACCACGACGUCGAUCUGCCGAAACAGAUCAGCAGGCACGAAUUGCUGCAGCACUGCCAGAGACAGCCGAAAGUCCACCCGAUGGUAAAGAGGGCUUUUAGGAAAGCUAAAGAUACCCAACCCAACUACGGAUUGAAAUUUAGAAAACUAAACACGGUUACGAAAGGAUGUAGUGAAUAUAUUUCAAGUCCAUACAAUUUGAGGGUACUUCAAUGGAACAUAUUAUCACAAGCACUUGGGCAGAUGAACGACAACUUCGCGAAAUGUCCAGAUGAGGCUCUCGAAUGGAAUUCUAGAAGGUAUCUCAUUGUUGAGGAACUAGUCGAAUACUGCCCGGAUAUAAUUUGCUUGCAAGAAGUGGACCAUUUCAAUUUCCUCAGCCACAUACUGGACACUCAGGGAUACACAGGAAUGUUCUUCCCAAAACCGGAUUCUCCCUGCUUUUAUAUACACGGCAACAACGGUCCCGAUGGUUGCGCCAUCUUCUACCGGAAGGACAAAUUCGACCUGCUCAAAGCAGAGACGCGGAUAUUGGAAAUUUGGAGGGUACAAAGUAACCAGGUGGCCCUGCUGAUGACGCUUCGGAUAAAAGAGACGGGACAAGAAGUAUGCGUUACCACCACGCAUCUCAAAGCAAGAAACGGCGCUCUGCUUUCCACGCUACGCAACGAGCAAGGCAAGGAUCUUCUCCAGUUCAUCAGCAAGCACUGCGGUUCUAGACCCCUUAUCCUCGCAGGAGACUUUAACGCCGAGCCCAUAGAACCCAUCUACAACACCAUACUCUCCGACAGUCACCUGGGCCUGUCCAGUGCAUACGCCAACUGUGAUACUAAUCCUAAGUUAAGUUCCGCGGAAAGGGAACCACCUUACACCACUUGGAAGAUCAGAGAUGAGGGAGAGGUCUGCCACACGAUAGAUUACGUGUUCUACUCGAAAGACAGCCUCGAGGUGGAUGCCGUGCUAGAACUGCCAACGGAAGAGGAAAUUGGGGAAAAUAGGGUGCCUUCUUUCGCUUACCCAUCGGAUCAUUUCUCGCUGGUUUGUGAUUUUAAAAUAGGACUAAGCCAUAACAGUAACCCGUACAGUAUGUAGUUGUAGUUCUCUUGUGAUAAUAAUAUGUAUAAAUAGGUCUAAGGUUUUGUGUUUGAGAGUUAAAUUAUUUUUAUUAUUAAAGUUGUCAAAGACA